AUGGACCUCACCAUUAGCAUUUGGAUCUUCUUGAUCCUCCCCUACUGCCUCUUGGAUUCAGAAGCCCGAAAAUAUGAAGCUACCCUCCAAGUACCAAAUGGAGGACGAUGGGGUGUCUGGGCAAAGGCAGCAUUAUGUCCCAUGGGAUAUGCCAAUGGCUUCCAACUGAAGGUGCAACCACCCCAAACAAUCUGGGCUGAUGAUACAGGUCUGAACAGUAUUCGUCUCAGAUGUACUGAUGGGACAAUCAUUGAAUCUAUGAGUGGACGAUGGGGACAUUGGACAGAAUUUCAGAAAUGCCCCAAAGGCAACUUGGUUUCCUUCUCUCUGAACAUGGAAGAACAUAAAGGACUACUUGAUGAUAUAGCAGUUAAUAACAUCCAAUUCAGUUGUGAAGAUGGGACUGUGUUAACGGGCCAGACACAUAACUGGGGUAGCUAUGGCCCGUGGAGCAAACGUUGCCCUGUUGGCUUCAUAUGUGGAAUCCAGACAAAGAUUGAGGAAGAAAGCCAGGGAGAUAAUGCAUCACUCAAUGAUAUAAAGUUCUUCUGCUGUGCUUGA